AUGGCGCCUUCAAGAUUGAUUAUUCGGCCUGUAGCUCGCAUGCCUUUUAGGCUUUGUCAACAACGUCUCGCGAGCACAAAGCCGAAUCCAAAACAUGUCUAUUCUGAUGGCAACCUUGGCGGUCCUGGAGGUCAACAACCUCCACCUCAAGCACCGGGCGGUCCAGAAGCCCUCAAGAGGAAUUGGUACAAUGACCGUUUUACCAAGAAACUGACUAAAACUGACACUAUCAGGCCACCCAUCGCUGCUGCUGCUGCCGUACUAGCAGGAGGUUUUUGGAUCAUGCUCCCCAGGAAAGGAAAUCCACCCGAGAUGACGCUACAGUCCUACAAGGACCUGAAGAAUCUCGACAGCCCCGAGGGGCUGAAGGAGCUCAGUGGGCGAAAGCCUAAUCCGCUGGGUGGUUUUAGAGCUGACUGA